AUGUGUCAACACGACAGGCCGCAGGCCACUUUCAAGUCGGCAGGCUAUCCCACGCAUGCCAGCGCCGAGCCUCGCCCUGUACGUGCCGGUCUCAUCCGGUCGGUGCAUGAGCGUCGACUUGAGGAGUUUGUCGGAGGCCAAUUUGGCGACUACAAUCUCGCCUCGCUCCUCUUCGAGGCUCGUACCGACGACCCAAAGUACGUCUCGAUUCAGAGCUGGACGCCCAAAGCCGGUGCCAAGCCCACCUUUGACGAGGCCAAGCGACAAACGUAUCUCAAGGCGGACAAGAGCAUCAAGUUUGGCCCUUCCUGGACCAACCACUGGCUCAAGCUUAAGCUCACCGUACCCAAGGACUGGGUCAAGAAGGAGUGGGUUCAGCUCGAGUUCGAUCCUGGCUGCGAGGCCUUGAUCUACUCCGAGGACGGCCUGCCUCUCCAAGGUAUCACGGGCGGAGGCGACAAAAGACGUGUCGACUUCCCACUCAAGCCCGAGUAUCGUCAUGGCAUCACUUUCUACAUCGAGGUCACGGCCAACGGUAUGUUUGGCAUGCCCGCCGACGGAACAGGGGAUCCCGACCCGAAUCGAUACUUUGAUCUGGCCUCUUGCGAUAUCGUGGUCAAGCGCCCCGAGGCUUGGAAGCUCAUGUGGGACUUCGAGCAUCUCCAAGGCUGCGUCCAGAACCUGCCCAGGGACACCGAGCUCCAGAACCGAGCCCUCUGGGUCGCCAACCAGAUUCAAAACACUUUCCGCAAGGCCGACCUCGACAGUAUCACGAAAUGCCGAAAACUCGCCCAAGAGAUUCUCGGCAAGGAUUGGGACGACCACAUCGAGACAAUUUAUGAUCGCGAUGUCGUUGAAGGCCGAGAGGACGUCCGAAUCUGGAGUCUGGGCCACAGUCACAUCGACAGCGCUUGGCUCUGGCCCUACUCGGCCACGCAGCAAAAGGUCGCACGUUCGUGGUCCACUCAGAUCGACCUGAUGGAUCGAUUCCCCGAGCAUCGCUUCACCGCCUCGACUGCUCAACAGUAUCAGUGGCUCGAGACGCUCUACCCAAAGCUGUUCGACAAGCUCAAGAAGUACGUCAAAGACGGCCGCUUCCAGCCUAUUGGAGCCUCGUGGGUCGAGUGUGACGCAAACAUGCCUUCCGGCGAGGCAUUUGCCCGUCAGUUCCUUUACGGUCAGCGCUACUUUCUGUCUCGUUUCGGCAAGCGAUGCGACAUCUUUUGGCUUCCUGACACGUUCGGAUACAAUGCCCAAAUCCCUCAGCUUGCGCGUCAGUCUGGCUGCGACUACUUCUUCACUCAGAAACUCAGCUGGAACAACAUCAACCGAUUCCCUCACAACACGCUCAUGUGGGUCGGUCUGGACGGCACUCAGAUCAUUGUCCAUAUGACCCCCGUCAACAACUACGACUCGAGGGGAUACGUCGAAGAGAUCGUGCGCGGUAUCAAGAACAAUGCGGACCUCUGGGUACAGCCUCACGCUCUCAUGCUCUACGGCUUCGGAGACGGCGGUGGAGGUCCGUCGGAGGAGAUGAUCGAGCGUAUGCGACGUGCUCGUGCCGUCAACAACAACGGCUUCAAGGAAAUGCCGCGUGUCCACAAUGGGCGCUCCGCCAAAGACUUCUUCGAGCACGUCCGCAAGGUGACCGAUAACGGAAACCGCCUGUCUACGUGGUCUGGCGAGAUCUACCUCGAGUUUCAUCGGGGUGUCUACACAUCUCAUGGCUCGAUCAAGCAGUGGAAUCGUCGCUUCGAGGCGUUCAUGCAGAAGCUUGAGUGGCUCACCACGCUCGCGUCGAUCAAGAUCAGCGGAUACAAGUACCCCAAAGAGGAGAUCGAUGCCAUCUGGGAGCCUCUACUGCUCAAUCAAUUCCACGACUGCUUGCCAGGCAGUUCCAUCCGCAAAGUCUAUGAUGAUCUUGAAGAGAUGUACGCCGAUAUGGCGAUCAAGGGCAAGAAGCUGUGGCGUCAGGCUCUGAAUGCGCUGGGAGUCGGCGAAGAGGUCGUGGCUUCCGGCAACAGCGCUUACACGGCGAUCAACACGUUGGACGUACCCCGCCGCGAGCUAGUCGAGGUACAGCUUUCCAAGCAAAUGCCGCGCGCAGAGGCGAUUGCCUUGUCGCACCAGUCGGUGCAGUUGUGCAAGGCGGGCGAAAUCGCGCUUGUGCUGCUAGACGAUGCGGGUGGUCGUGGCCACGCUACCAUUGUCGACAACGCGGGCUCCUCGUUCAAUAAAUCUCAGGCAGUCAAGGCAGUGGAACUGGAGCACAACAGCUUCCUUCUGCAAAGCGCGGCCAUCGCUGUCAAGGUGGCAAAGGGACGUAUCACUUCGAUCUACGACCGUAUCGCGGACCGCGAGCUCAUCGAAGGCGGCCGCACUGCUGGACUCGCCAUCUCUGAGGACUACCCGCCUCAGUUUGACAACUGGGAGACGGAGCUCUACUCACUCGAUACCGAGGAGGAGAUUCCGUUCACCAACGUGCGCAUCGCCGAAGCGGGUCCUUGGCGCGCCAGUCUUGCGCUCGAGGCCAAGUUCGGACAGAGCACGGUCCAGGUGACCAUCGUGCUCGAUGCUCUGCCGGCAACGCCGCUGGUGGGCGAGAAGGAAGCACGCCCGCUGCUGCGAUUCGACACGCAGAUCGACUGGUGGGAGAAGCACCGCUUCUUGCGCUUCAACGUGCCGACGCGUCUGCGAUCCGACAGUGCUAGCUUCGAGACACAGUUCGGCAUCACUAAGCGUCCCACGACGCGCAACACGAGUUGGGAGGCGGCCAAGUUCGAAGUGUGCGGCCACCGCUUUGCCGACCUUUCGGAAGAAGAUUACGGUCUUAGCAUCCUGACCGAGUCCAAGUACGGCUACAGUGUCGAAGGUGGGCUGAUGAGGUUGUCGCUGCUCAAGGCGGGAACGUACCCGGACGCGCACGAGGACGAAGGGCUGCACCAGUUUGCGUUUGCGCUGUAUCCGCACGUGGGAGGCGUGGGUCGCGCCAAAGUUGUACAGGUGGCCCGCGUGUUCAACGCCCGCUUCGACGUCGACUAUGGCCGCGAGACCAAGAUCGACAUUGCGACGCUCGAGCGCAGCGCCGGUGUUAGUGGGGCGGAUCUGCAGAUGCCAAUCGAGGUGGUCGACUCGACCCGCGCAGGGGUUGUGCUCGAAACGAUCAAGCGUGCCGAGGACGACUUUGAGUACUACGGCCAGAAGCCCAAGGACGCACACUCGUUUGGGAUCGUGGUGCGCCUGUAUGAGUCGCUCGGCGCCCAUGCGAAGCCGACCAUCAAGAUCAAGCUGCCGGUCAAGGACGUGAACCUGACCAAUUUGCUCGAGGACGUACAGGACGACAAGAAAGACGAGAUUGCGUUCAACACGUAUGCCGACGAGGAGGACUCGACUUAUGUCCAGCUUGACUUUAAGCCGUUUGAGAUCAAGACGUUGAAGAUCUCGAUUUGA